AUGGCUGGCUUUGAUUCCGAGCUCGAUGCACUCUUCAAGUCAAGUGCCGGAGCUUCUGUUCCCUUGAAGCCUAUUCCUCAGCCUACUGUCAUACCGGUCCCAACUCUUCCCCCAAGUCUUCGAGCCUCAACUAGUGCGCCGACGAAACGUAAACACGAGAAGAAAGUCGGAUUCUCAGACCAGUCUGGUGCCAAAAGGCGGAAACCAAAUUCAUCGGAGCGUCAAGCGGAAAAGAAGAAAUCAAAAGAUAAAGACGAUUCGACUGAAGAAGAUGACGCUGUUGUCGAGGAUGCAUACCAUCAAGGCAAAGCGACUGUGCCGAACCCAACAAAAUCCAAGACUUCAAAGCUUACGUCUCCCAAAGCCAAGCCAAGUACUUUGAAAGAGCAAGCCGGAGCUGAGUCUCAGUCGGAAUCCGACUCGGAUUCAGAUCCUGAUGCUCCUCCCCCACUGCACGAAUCCUUGACUCAAAAACCCGAAGCUGAGCGGCCUCGAAAGAAGAAAUAUGUUCCCGAGGGCGAGACACCAGACCAAAGAGACGCUCGUACAAUUUUUAUUGGAAAUCUUCCGGCUAGCGUUGCGAAAAGUUCGGCCAAGAAAUCCCUUCAUAAACAUAUCCUUAACUGUCUGACCACCUCAUACCCUGAUCUUGCUCGACCUGCUAUCGAAUCGUCUCGCUUUAGGAGCGUGGCAUUCAAAACACCCACCGCUAAACUUCCCUCCGACACCCUCUCGUCCAAUUCCAAGUCGAAACCCAAUACUUCCUCAUCCGAGCAUAACAGGAAUCGCGCUGCCGAAUGGAGAGCUACCCAAGACCCCGAGGACCCAACGCACAAAAUAUUCCAAACUCCGGCACAGAAAAAGAAAACGGCCUAUAUCACGGGGGCCCUGCAUGAUUCUGCCAAGUCUUCUUCGAGUGCAUAUGUAGUGUUUGCGCACCCCAAUCCGGUGGAGGGGAGUGAACCUGCUUGGGAUCCGACAGAGGUGGCCGCAAGAGCUGUGAUAGCAUGUAACGGGUCGAAGUUUAUGGAGCGGGUAUUGAGGGUCGACCGUGUAGGGAAAAGGGAGGAGGACAAACAGGACCCGAGAACGAUGAUUUUUGUCGGGAAUUUGGAUUUCGAGACGGACGAAGAUGCAUUGAGGGAGAUGUUUGAAAAUUUGGUGGAGAAAGAAAGGGGAAAGUCGGAUGCGCAGGGAGAUGAUUCAGAUUCAGAGAGCGAGGGGGGCCAGGAAGACGGGAGCGGAGAUGAGAGCGAAAAGGAGAGUGGGAGUGAGGAAAGCGGAGACGAAGGGGAAGCGGGCGAGAAGGAUGGGGACCAAGGUAUCGUCAAGCCUACCGCUGCCACGGAUCGCCCUGUGACUUCCAAGCGAUGGGUCAAGAGUGUGCGAAUCAUCAGGGACAAGGAUACCCAGUUGGGUAAAGGAUUCGGUUACGUCCAAUUUAUCGACCGUGCAUCGGUGGACGAGAUCCUUGCUCUGGAGCCUGGAACAAUUAAAUUGGCUAAACGCAAGCUGCGUGUUCAGCGAUGCAAGACUAUUCCCGGUGUUUCCCUCCCGAAAACCAAACCAUCUUCUGCUGGCGACAAACCCAAGGAGCCCAAAAUAGCAUCCAAAGGGGAGUCGAAUCAGAAAUCAGAUCGUCAAAAAGCACGGCCAACUCCAUCCAAACCAAUUCUUCCUCGCGCUGAUCCUAACCUUGGCGAGCGCAUCCGCUCUUUAUCAAAAGAAGAACGUAAAUCUGUCAAGGCCAGCGACGCAGACCGAGUUGCACGCCGCUUGGCGAAGAAAAAGGCCAAGAUCGUGUCCGAAAGGGGGGCCCGAAAGGCAUCCAGCAGCAAAGCGAAUAUACUUGGGGGUCGACCGGGGGCACCCAAAUCCAAGAAGCCAAAAGUUGGAAAGUCAGGAAAGAGGGAACGCAGCGACAAGGCUCUCUUGAAGAAAAAUGUCAAAAAAUAG